UUCUUGGAGAAACCCAAAAAGCCUGCAAACAACUUCACUGUGGGGAUCAUGGCCCUGCUAUCCAUUUCCCUUUCAGGCUCAAAGACAGACACCCAGAUCAUUGUGGAUAUCCUGGGUUUGUUGUAUCUUGCAAUGAAAGACAUGAGACUGUUCUUGAGCUGCCAAUUCCAGUCAAAUUAUCUGUGAAUACUAUAGAUUAUAAGAAUCAGGAAAUCUUUUUAUAUGACCCAGAUCAUUGCCUGGUGGCGAAGCUUUUAGAAACCCAGACCAUGUCAUUCUCUCCCUUCUACAUAAUUUACCCACGGAACAUUACGCUAUUCGAUUGUUCUUUAGGGCUUGAGGAAUCUGGAGAUGGAGAUCCUGUGGCUGCUGUCCCCUGCCUUAGUAGCCCCGGCCACCAUAUUUAUGCAGUGGAUUCUGUUGAUAACGUUGAAGGCCUACAAUAUUGUACCAAGACGUCUAAUGUUUUUCCAGCUCCAUAUAUUUUUUCGCCCAAACAAGAGACUGCAUUCCGUUGGUCUAAACCAAAUUGUACAGAAUGUGAAGCAGAAGGAAAGAAGUGUAGAUUGAAGAAUAAUGGAACCAAAAACGAAAUCGAAUGUGUACAUGAAGCAAAUAUGAGUGCAGCAACGAAAUUAGUGGUUACAGGUGCAUCCCUGGGUUCAUUUGUUCUCAUGCUACUGGUCAUUGCAGCCUAUCAUGUCUAUAGCUAUGACAGAAAUGAAAAAGAGAAUCGAUUGAAAAUUGAAAGAUUUCUAGAGGACUACAAAGCUCUCAAGCCAAGCAGAUAUUCUUAUGCAGACAUUAAGAGGAUUACAGAUCAAUUCAAGGACAAGUUAGGGGAAGGAGCCUAUGGAUCUGUUUAUAAAGGAAAGCUUUCUUCUGAAUUAUUUGUUGCAGUGAAAGUCCUCAACAGUUCUACGGGAGAUGGGGAAGAUUUCAUAAAUGAAGUGGGAACAAUGGGUCAUAUCCACCAUGUUAACGUGGUUCGCUUGGUUGGCUUCUGUGCUGAUGGAUUUAGACGCGCUCUUGUUUAUGAGUUCUUACCUAAUGGUUCACUACAAGAUUUCAUUUCAUCAGCCAACAAUAAUAACAGUUUCCUUGGUUGGGAUAAGUUGCAAGAUAUUGCUCUAGGCGUAGCCCAAGGAAUUGAAUAUCUUCACCAAGGAUGUGAUCAACGGAUCCUCCAUUUUGACAUCAAGCCUCACAAUAUUCUUCUUGACGAGAAUUUCAUCCCAAAGAUUUCUGACUUCGGACUUGCAAAAUUAUAUCCCAUAGAUAAUAGCAUUGUCUCUUUGACAGCAGCAAGGGGAACAAUGGGAUACAUGGCUCCAGAGCUAUUCUACAAGAAUAUUGGGGGUGUUUCGUUUAAAGCUGAUGUUUAUAGUUUUGGAAUGUUGUUAAUGGAAAUGACAAGCAGAAGGAAGAAUUUAAAUGCAUUUGCAGAGCAUUCAAGCCAAAUCUACUUCCCUUCAUGGGUUUAUGAUCAAUAUAAUGAGGGGAAGGACUUGGAGAUGGGCGAUGUACCAGAGGAGGAAAAGGAAAUCAUGAAAAAAAUGGUUAUAACGGCCUUAUGGUGUAUACAAAUGAAGCCAAGUGAUCGUCCUUCGAUGAAGAAAGUCAUAGAGAUGCUCGAAGGCGGUGUUGAAUUCUUGAAAUUGCCUCCCAAGCCUUUUCUAUGUCCACAAGAGAUGCAAGUGGGUGAUCUUGAUCAAGAUAGUUUGAAUCAAGCAUAUUCUAAGAUUGAGCUAACAUCUACUUUCUCAACUAGGUAAAGACAGCUCACACAGACUAGUCCAUCAGUUUGAAACUCAAUGCCAUUUUUACUGGUUAUGUAAUAGUAGUGUGCAUGUAAAUUGAAAUCAAAACUGUUGUGAAAUAAGGAAACAGGUGAAGAACCAAGAACGUAUUUGUGGAAUUCAAACUUCUCUUCACA